AUGCAUGAGGUCACCGCCACGCACUCAAGUGCCCCUACGGAGCAAACAUUCCUGGAGGAGGAUGCCAGCAGGCGUGCCUCCGACCUGUCUGCCCUCCGUUGUCCGUGGCCCGUGAUGCUCCUCGAGCAUACCAUCGGCAGUCCUAGCAUGCGGAUCAAUGGUGUGCGAGCAUUCGUGCCCGUGGCCUACAGAUACUCGCGCAUCGCAUCCAUGUCUCCGCAUGUUCUCCAGGCCGCUAUGGAGCCAUUGUCGUCCCUAUCCCUCACGCUUCACCGUCUCACAACCUCGGCCAGCACCACCGCCCGGUGCGACGGGAGACGGGACAAGGGUGUGCGUGUCGUGUCGACGAGCAAGGUUUGCCGUGCCUCUGCUGCGCAACGCGACAGCCGGGACAUCACAUCCAGUCGGGCGGCAGUCGCCUUUCACCAUGCGCUUUCGUCAGCCUUCCGGGACGCCGCCUCGGGGAUGCAGUCUCGCGGCUCCGAAGUGUGCUCCGAAGCGGGCUCCAUCCAUGCCGUCCGCGUCGCUUCUCGCUCCAUGCCCGGCGGCCGAGACGACGGGUCCAAACUCUCCAACGGUGGCCGGCCAGAGCCUGGGAACGGCCAUGUCCGCCGUUGCCUGCGGGACGCGCAACAUGCCACGGCGGCAAUCAUGCCCAGCCUCGUGCAGGAAACGCCGCCAACCCAUGGCUCCACGGGCAGCCGACCUCCCCCAACCAAGGGAUCCAUGUCCGCUGCGACGUCAGCGACGGCUUGA